AUGUCUUUUCCAAUUGGUCUGUACACUCUCAGAGUGUCUCCCGUUGCCGGAUACGGGGGUUUAUAUGCCACUGGAAACGGCGUUGACGAGACUGUUACCGUCGCACCGCACUCGCCACCGUUCGGUGAGCGUCAGGUCUGGAACAUUCAAACCGUUCUCGGCAAGCCAGGCGCAUAUACCAUCACUCUCCAGACCUCUGGAAGCACCUUUGGAGGACAUUGGUUCCCAAAGGACGCAAGACUUAUUCCUGAGGUCCCCAUCAUCACUUCGGAAAAGUCUUACGAGUGGUACAUUGCGUAUAAGGAUACUCCGAGCGUUCCUAACACUAUCACCAUUCAAGCACAGACAGAUAUCGGCGCGGGGUUGUACGCUACAGCUAAUGAUAAAGACGAGGUUGUCGUCAUAUCCGUUCCCGUUGUUCCAGAUGCAGAGGCACCGUACUGGCAAUUCGAGCCCGUUAUCAAGCACGGAGAUUUGUAG